CUACAUGCUCAACUCCAUAUUUCUUCCCAAUGACUUUUUGAUUUUUCUCUCCUCUCUCUGUCUGUCUGUCUUUCUCAUCUCUCAUGGGUUUUAAGAGUAACUUGUUAGUUUACACAUCAUUGGAAUGUGAGAGCAAGGAAGAAAUGGUAGCUUCCAUGCAGUUAGCUAAGGAUCAAGGAGCAGAUCUUGUGGAGCUUUGCAUUGGAUCCAUGUCUUUCUCCCACAUUUCAGAGAUUGAACAACUCUUAAAACAAAGAAUUUUACCUUCAAUUGUCUCCUUCAGGCACAAGUGCCCUACAAAUCCAUGCAGAUGCUUGCAAGUUUUCAAAAUGGCUAUCGAAUUUGACACAGAGUUUGUGGAGAUUGACGUCGAGAUGGCAACUGAAGCAGUUCUUAACGAAUUUAUGAGAAAAAGAUCAAACACAAAAAUAAUUGUCUCAGGCCAUUUGAAUGGAGAAACUCCUACCACUGAAAAUCUCGGCAACUUGAUUAUAGACCUACAAUCUACUGGAGCUGAUGUUAUUAAACUUGUGGUUGAUGUGUCUUUUAUUACAGAUGUAGCACCAAUAUUCCACAUGCUCACCCAUUGCCAGGUGCCACUAAUUGCAAGAGCAGUGGGAGAUAGAGGUCUUAUAAGCCAACUAUUGGGCCCAAAAUAUGGUGCCUUCUUAGUAUGUGGAUCUAUAGGAGACAAAUUCAUAUCUGGAUUGCCACCUUUAGGCAGCAUCAAACAAGUCUACAAGUUAGAAUAUAUGAAUUCAGACACACAAAUUUUUGGUUUAGUCUCAAAUCCUGUAGGUCAUAGCAAAGGUCCACUUCUGCAUAAUCCUGCCUUUAGACAUACAGGAUAUAAUGGAAUUUAUGUUCCUCUCUUAGUCGAUAAUGUCGAGGAAUUCUUCAAAGUUUACUCGUGCAACGACUUCACAGGCUUCAGUGUUGGGAUACCACACAAGGAGGCAGUGUUAAAAUUCUGUGAUGAAGUUCAUCCCCUUGCUCAGUCCAUAGGAGCAGCGAACACCAUUGUUCGAAGCCCUACUGAUGGAAAGUUGGUUGGUUAUAAUACUGAUUGUGAGGCUUGCAUAACUGCUAUUGAAGAUGCGUUUAGAGAACGACGAGUUGCAAAUGGACAAGUGUCAAAUGCUUCACCACUUGCAGGGAAAUUGUUUGUCUUGGUUGGAGCAGGUGGUGCUGGACGAGCAAUAGCAUUUGGUGCCAGGAGCAGAGGGGCAAGGCUCGUUAUUUUCAACCGCAGUUUUGAGAGAGCAAAAGCUCUUGCCAAGGCAGUAUCAGGUGAAGCUCUACCAUACGAAUUCUUAAAAGAAUUCUGCCCUGAGAAAGGGAUGAUUCUUGCAAAUGCUUCGGCUGUGGGUAUGGAGCCUAACGUAGAUCAAACUCCUAUUCCUAAGGUGGCCUUGAAAUCGUAUGAGUUGGUUUUUGACGCGGUUUACACACCUCGAAACACUCGACUACUGCAAGAGGCAGCAGAUGUUGGCGCUAUAGUGGUGAGUGGUGUUGAGAUGUUCAUCAGGCAGGCUCUCGGCCAAUUUAAGUUAUUCACUGGUGGAUUAGCACCAGAGGACUUCAUGCGCAAGAUUGUAUUAGAGCAAUUUUGAUAUAUAUAAUCUGUACUGAGGAACGUAUUGAAAUAAAGAGGACUUGAUUGUAAUAUUUGGGAGGAUUUAUUUAAUCAUAUAGGUCGGCUCUUGACUUGUUAUUUCAAUAAAUCAAACUUAGAAAAAUUAGAUAAAUACUUGAGUUCAUGCCAAAAGCAAGGUCAUUUUGAGAACCUUGUCUUCCCUAGGCCUUGCACGGCUUAUCGGGAAGACGAAGAAGCUCUUCCUUCUAUUUUUAGAGCUUAUUUAUA